AUGAAAUUAAUUUAUUUUUAUUUGAUUACAUGUAUACUAUUAAUUUAUAGUGAUCAAGGAUUUUCACAUGAUGGUUAUGAUGACGAUGUUAAUUCAUUUUUCAAUAAUGGAAAUGACUUAUAUGGUGAACAUUAUUCAGGAAAUUAUGAUGAUCAUCAUCAACAUCCUCCACCACAUAAUCCAGAUGAUGGAGAUCAACCACCACCACCACCACCACCUCGGGGUCCUGAUGAUGGUCAACAACAACAACCACCUCCACCACCUCCUGGUCGUUCGCCUCCUGAAAAACCUCAAAGACCAGAUCGGCCUGAAGGUGAUGGAGAUUAUCGUCGGCCACACAAUAACCACAGUCAUCAUCACGGAUAUUAUGAUGAUUUAGAUAGAUAUGAUAUGGAAGUGAGAGAUUUAGUUUUCGGUGGAUAUCAUCAUUAUAAACCAAGAUAUUAUGAAGAAGGUCAUGGUUUAAAAGGUGAAGAAGCUUAUGGUAAUACACCAAAAGAUCCUACCAAAUAUGAUCAAUAUGGGAAUUAUUUACCUGAUUAUCUCAAACAACCGCAAAAUACUCCACCGCCUAUACCUGUUCCCAGUGCAUUACAAAACGGUAAUGGUGAAGAGGAAAAUGAUAAACCCGAUGAUGAAGAAGAGAAUGAAUCUAAGCCGAAAAAAUAUGUUAAAUAUAAGAAAUAUAAGCCGUCAACCAAACGGGUAUCAAUUAUUGAAAGUAAAUCAAGUGUUGUAUACGAUUCCUAUGGAGAUGAUUCUUCUAAUUCUACUGAUGAUUACAAUAAUGCAACAUUUCCUCAAGAAUUUGAUGCAUUUUCUGGAAAGUCAUACUUCUCAUACGAAGAUACAAAAGAUCCAUUCAACGAAGUAAAUGUAACGAAUGACUAUUAUUUUGAUAAUAAAAGUCGUGAAAUAUAUUCAGAUGAUAAUGGAUGGUAUAAUUAUGAUUUUAAUGAUGAAUCUAAUGUGAGUGAUGGAAAUGAUAUAUUUGAUGAAAAAAAUGAAAACGAUAGAUAUUAUGACAGUGAUUAUUAUUCAGGGAGGGAUCGGGACGAAAUCUGGCAUGAACAGUAUGAGUUAGAAAGACAACAAACCAAUGAAACAAAUUAUACAACUCAUAGUCCUAGUGGAAAAGCAGAGUGA